AUGGACAGUAGCUGCCACGACGCGACUGCCAAAAUGUUAGCGACCGCUCCGGCCCGGGGCAGCAUGAUGAACACCUCCAAACCCUUGGCUUUCUCCAUCGAAAGAAUCAUGGCACGAACCCCCGAGCCCAAAGCCCUGCCCGUCCCCCACUUCCUGCAGGGAGCCGUGCCCAAGGGGGACCCCAAGCACUCUCUGCAUCUUAACUCGUCGAUCCCCUGCAUGAUCCCCUUCGUGCCCUUGGCGUACGACACGAGCCCCAAGGCGGGAAUGACGGGCUCGGAGCCGCGAAAGAGUCUGGAUGCUCCGGCUGCGCCUGCGGAAGCGCCCGCGGCGCCCGCGUUCAGCUGCAGCGACCUGCUCAACUUGCGCGCUCAGUCUCAAGGCGACCUGGCCCGCGACGCGCUCCCGCUGCAGCAGUACAAGCUGGUAAGGCCGCGGGUGGUCAACCAUUCUUCCUUCCACGCCAUGGGAGCCCUGUGCUACCUGAAUCGAGGCGACGGCCCGUGCCACCCGGCGGCCGGCGUUAACAUCCACCCGGUGGCCUCCUACUUCCUCAGUGUCCCCUUUGCACCCGCAGCCAAAAACGUAUUUAGAGCCGAAAGGAAUAAACUGGUGGUCCCGGCGGUGGAGAAGUACCCCCUCGGGAGUGCUUUCAAAGACUUAUCCCAGGCUCAGCUGCAGCAUUACAUGAAAGAAAGCCGCCCAGCUCCUGUCGGAAAAAUAGCGUUCAAAACCUCUGACUUCAGCCGAGGCGCUCCUCAUACCAAGCCCAAAGUUUUCACUUGCGAAGUGUGUGGAAAGGUCUUUAACGCGCACUAUAACUUAACCCGUCACAUGCCAGUGCACACAGGAGCCAGACCCUUCGUUUGCAAAGUUUGGGGAAAGGGCUUCCGGCAAGCCAGCACCCUGUGCAGGCACAAGAUCAUUCACACCCAGGAAAAACCUCAUAAAUGUAACCAGUGUGGCAAAGCAUUUAAUAGAAGUUCUACUUUAAACACGCAUACCCGAAUACACGCAGGCUACAAACCAUUUGUGUGUGAAUUCUGUGGCAAAGGAUUUCAUCAAAAAGGGAAUUACAAAAACCACAAGUUGACCCACAGCGGGGAGAAGCAGUUCAAGUGCAAUAUCUGCAACAAGGCUUUCCACCAGAUUUACAACCUCACCUUCCACAUGCACACCCACAAUGACAAGAAGCCCUUCACCUGCCCCACGUGCGGCAAGGGCUUCUGCAGGAACUUUGACCUCAAGAAGCACGUCCGCAAGCUGCACGACAGCGGCCUGGGGCUGCCCCGCACCUCUGCUGUGGAGCCGGGAGCGGACCCGUCCCCCACUCUGCAGCAGCCGUCGCCCGCGGCCGCUGCCCCGCUGCCGCCCCUGCCGCCCCCUGAGCCCCUGCAGCCUGGGUUCCCCCCGGGCCACCAGUGA